UGGGUGCUUCCUUGGGAAGCCCAGAGAUGAGUCACCAAGGGACAGGAGAGUGGAGGGUGGAGAGGAUAUGGAGACCAGUCGUGCUGGGGGCCUGCAGGAUGGCGGAACAGCAACAAUGGAAAACAGACAAUGCAACAGCAAGAGGAAUCAGGCUGGAUACCAGGAAGAUACAGCCAGUGGUGCCAUGCAAAGCAUUACCAAGCCUCUGCAGGGUUACACGCAAGGAAGAUCUGAUGUACACGCUCGGUGCCUGAUGGAGGCGAGAUAAGGCAAAACAGACCGAGUACAGGGUGAGGCAUUCAGAUCAGACUACAGAAAGGACUUGGCUUUGAGAAGCACCAGGUUCAAAUUCCAGAGGAACUGGUCGGGUUUAGGAAGCAGCGGUGGACUGAGCCCUGAGCCAGCCUCAGGAGGCCAGGUCUCUCCAGGGCGGGAUGGCCCAGGAGCUCAGUGAGAAGGAGCUACUGAGGAUGGAGGUGGAGCAGCUGAAGAAGGAAGUGAAGAACCCAAGGGCCCUGAUUUCCAUGACAGGAAAGGAAAUUAAGAAUUAUGUGGAGGCCCAAGCAGGAAACGACCCUCUUCUCAAAGGCAUCCCCGAAGACAAGAACCCCUUCAAGGAGAAAGGCACUUGUAUGAUAAGCUGACGGCGCCAGAGCCCCUCACCUUGACCGGCCCUCCUCAACCCGCUCCUCACCCAGAACCAACUGUCCUGGGCACCCAGAGAAUCAGUGAACUUCCUCUUUCUUUUAGUCAUGGAAUGAGUAAAGAUA